CACGUGACAAGUGCUGUUAGUGUGCGUUCUGUCAGUGUCACUCCUCGGGUGUUAGAGGCUGGGGGGAAUUUAGCUGGUUGACCACGCAAUUUGUUAUAAAGACAAAUAGGAUCCGCCGACUGGACCAAAUCACUCAUAGAAGUGUAGAAAUCCUCCGUUGAGACAUGAUGUCUGUAUUGGGAAGGGCGACUCGGCUCAUUCAAUUUGCCAGGUGCAGUAACGCCGUAAGCCUGUGUGUUUCGACACCUCUCAGGAGACAGUCUAGUAGUGCAACCGUUGCAGCCUUCGCCCAGCCAGCCUCCACAGCGACCCCAGAAGCGGUAGAAAACAGAAAGCCCAAAACGGGGAUCCUAAUGAUGAACAUGGGAGGACCUGAGAAACUGGACGAUGUUCACGAUUUCCUGCUGCGCCUCUUCUCCGACACCGAUCUGAUGAAGCUUCCUGUUCAGAAUCGACUUGGGCCCUUCAUAGCGAAGCGACGCACCCCUAAGAUCCAGGAGCAGUACAGCCGGAUCGGAGGAGGCUCUCCUAUCAAGGCCUGGACCACCAUGCAGGGGGAGGGCAUGGUCAAACUGCUGGAUGAGAUGUGUCCGGAAACAGCUCCUCAUAAGUUCUACAUCGGGUUCCGCUAUGUUCAUCCUCUGACGGAGGAGGCUAUUGAGGAGAUGGAGAAGGAUGGAGUAGAGAGAGCAGUGGCUUUCACACAGUACCCACAAUACAGCUGUUCUACCACAGGCAGCAGUCUGAACGCUAUCUACCGAUACUACAGCAGCAGAGGAGACAGGCCUAAGAUGAGGUGGAGUGUCAUCGACCGCUGGCCCACACACCCCCUAUUGGUCGAGUGUUUCUCCCAGCAUGUCCUCAACGAGCUGCAGAAGUUUCCCUCCGAGAAGAGGGACGAUGUGGUUAUCCUGUUCUCAGCUCACUCGCUACCCUUGUCUGUGGUGAACAGGGGAGAUCCGUACCCUCAGGAGGUUGGGGCCACUGUGCAGAGAGUCAUGGAGAGACUAGGGCACUGUAAUCCUUACCGCCUGGUCUGGCAGUCCAGGGUCGGUCCUAUGCCGUGGCUGGGCCCUCAGACAGAUGAUGUCAUCAAAGGUCUGUGUGAACGGGGAAAGAAAAACCUGCUGUUGGUCCCCAUCGCCUUCACCAGCGACCACAUCGAAACGCUGCAUGAACUGGACAUCGAGUACUCUCAGGUGCUGGGAGAGGAGGCUCUGGCAGACCUGGUCCAAACCCACCUGAGGUCAGGCGAGUCCUGCUCCCGUCAGCUCACCCUGCGCUGCCCACUGUGUACCAACCCCACCUGCGGAGAAACCAAGGCCUUCUUCGCUAAUCAGAAAUGACCCUCCUCUUCCUCCUCAACCGUUUUCUAGUGUUGCAAACUGCAGAUAACUACCCCCCCCCCCCCCCUACAAAAAAAAGCCCUGAUUUCCCUGAAAUCCUAUUUGAAGGAUUCCGGACUUACUACUUAUUUCUUCCUGAUUCCUGGAUACUUCCAAUCGGGAUUUCUAGAACAGCUGGGAAUUCUGAGUCACCUACCUUCUAUCCAUCUGUUACUACGGGACAGAGCACACGUUUCUAAGUAACUACCAGAAGAAGAAGAAGCAGACAAACUAGGAAAGAAGCUGUCAGUACGCAUCGCAUUAAAGCUAUAAGACAAGUAGAGUUGCACUUAUUUUGUCCCGUCCCCCUACCCCGUCCCCCGUCCCGUCCCCCUCCCCUGUCCCGUCCCCUCCCGCCACUCACAUUCCAUCCGUUGAAUUCCUGGAAAACUAUAUCCAUUCAUCCCUCCAUCCUCUUUCCAGGAAGAGAAACUGGACUGUAUCCUUUCUCACCUGGUGCUUGUCCAGUUGGUUUGUACGUCAUGCUCAGGGACUGUGGCGAAGCGUGUCUCCCCCCCCCACCCCAUUCUGGUAUGUCAUCCACAGUGUCUCUUUGAGACCCUCUCUGAAGCCUGUUGGACUGUCACCUGCUUUGAGACCCUCUCUGAAGCCUGUUGGACUGUCCCCUGCUUUGAGACCCUCUCUGAAGCCUGUUGGACUGUCCCCUGCUUUGAGACCCUCUCUGAAGCCUGUUGGACUGUCCCCUGCUUUGAGACCCUCUCUGAAGCCUGUUGGACUGUCCCCUGCUUUGAGACCCUCUCUGAAGCCUGUUGGACUGUCCCCUGCUCCUCCCCAUCUCCUCUCGGCCUCUACAGAAUCCCUGCUUCCAUCUUUGUAGAGGCACUGCUCAUCCAGAGUCGAUUCUCUUAACUUUCCCACCCAGCAGCCUCCUCUGACCUCUCACCUCUCCGCUGACCUCUAAUCUCUUAUAGGGAACCAUAAUCCCUGGUUAAACUUCCACAAAGUGCUGAUGCACAUCUUGCCCCUGCAUGAGUCCCUGUCUCUCUCCCCGGCUGACCUCUCACCUCCCCCAUCCCUGUCUCUCCCCGGCUGACCUCUCACCUCCCCCAUCCCUGUCUCUCUCCCCGGCUGACCUCUCACCUCCCUGCUGCAGUGUCUCCCAUCCCUGUCUCUCUCCCCGGCUGGCCUCUCACCUCCCCCAUCCCUGUCUCUCUCCCCGGCUGGCCUCUCACCUCCCCCAUCCCUGUCUCUCUCCCCGGCUGGCCUCUCACCUCCCCCAUCCCUGUCUCUCUCCCCGGCUGGCCUCUCACCUCCCCCAUCCCUGUCUCUCUCCCCGGUCGGCCUCUCACCUCCCUUAUCCCUGUCUCUCUCCCCGGCUGGCCUCUCACCUCCCCCAUCCCUGUCUCUCUCCCCGGCUGACCUCUCACCCCCCCAUCCCUGUCUCUCUCCCCGGCUGACCUCUCACCUCCCCCAUCCCUGUCUCUCUCCCCGGCUGGCCUCUCACCUCCCUCAGCUCUGAACCUGUUACCGGUUUAACUAUGGGCUCUAUGGCCUCAUCCAUCUAACCUGAGCUGUGUUAUAGCUGCUGCUGUUUAGACAGACAGACACAUUCUUAGCGACGAGAAGCUCGGUCGGUCGGAGUAACAUGACAUAACGUGCCUUUUUACACUUGCUCUUUGAACAUUGAUUCAACUCUGCUUUUUUUUUUAAUAUAUAUAAUAUACUCAAAUGUGAUAAUUUACCCGGGUCGUGUUCAUCAGGGCACACCGUAACUAAACGUUUUAAAUCAUUUCGUAAACCCCCCCCCCACCAACAAAAAAAAAGUAAAUGAGAGUUUGUUAUUGGACAAGUUGGAGAAGUACCUCUCUGUUUUCAGCCGUUUUCUUCUGUUACGUGCCUGCUGAACACAAUCCCCAAUUUCUAAUGUAUUUAAGAAGUCAUCUGUAAAUCAUGUUGAAGAAUCUUGGAUGUGUGGAUACUAUAGUUUAAUAGGACAUACCAUCUCAUUGUUGAAUAGUCGUUUCUGAUUGGGUUUUGAAGAGAAUUCUAGAGCGUGCUUUACUUCCCUAUAACGCAUGGUAUAUCAGCACGGUUGAAUUCAAUGACUUUCGUUCACUCUUACAUGUUUGGUUUAAGGUGCUUUUGAAAUCAAAAGUCAAAUUGAGAACAGUAUUGGCAGUGUUGAAUUCAAUUCUUCAUCAUAGCAAACUAGGACUGAUAGUUUGGUUCGCUAAACUAGCAAGUCUGUCUGUUUUGGUUACCACAGCAACUACUGUAGCUAUCCGGUCAACUUGCUAGCUUCUUCAGUGGACGUUGAACACAAUUUCUACCCGCAAAUGUGUUCAAUUACAGCCAUGGUAUCGAAGGGAUAAUCAACUCGUGGGGGGGGGGGGGCUAUAUGCGUUCUCUGGAAAAUAACCUCCCACGGAAUUGCAUUAAGUCCACUCUGCUAGCACGUCGUGGGAACGCACUUUUUCACGUCGUUAAUUAUUUUCCAUAGAACACACAGCCCUCAUUGAUUAUCUCUUACAUAUAUGAUGUGUGUUUGUGUAAUGGAGAGAUGCGGCUUCAUGUUACAUUUUUUAAUAGAUAUAUUUAUUUCUGUCUGUCAUAAAACACCACCUGCUCUGCUGUUCAAAAUGGGUUAUAUAAUUUUUACUGGAAUUACAACAUUAACAACAAGUCUUCCACGACAUCUAAUAAAAAUGGACAACAUUAAAAACA